AUGGGCAAUGAGACGGAGUCCUCCAAACAGCUUUCCGACCCGCCAAUCAAUUCCAACCAGCCUACCUACCAGCCUACCACGUACGGAGUACCGGAGGAAGCAUUCUCUGCCACUACUCAAGUGGCAGCCUCGAUACCGCGAAACGCCUCCGGCAGCGUCGACAAGGCCGCAAAUUCGCAGCACCGCACCCAUCUGGCCUGCGCCAUCGGGCUCUCAAACUCCGCCAGUCUCGAUCGUACUUGCACAUUGCCUCUAUCCAUACCCGCAUCGUCGUUGCGUUCUUCCAGUUUCGCAAUGUCGAGCGAGCAGGUCUACGGCGUCACGCCGCCCAUGAACUUGCAUCUGCCUACCGAAGCCGAGAAGCGAGCGAGCGACUCCCUGAUUGAGGAGCUUCGCCGCCAAAAGACUUUCGAGAGCCCAUCCGACACCCAAAAAAGGCACGAGGUCCUCGAGUCGCUCCAGAACAUUUGCGACGAGUUUGUGAAGCGUGUUGCGAGGGAAAAGGAACCGAACAAUGAAAUGAUCAUCAAAAAUGCUCGCGGGAAAGUCUUCACGUACGGGAGUUUCCGCCUCGGCGUCUUCGGGCCUGGCUCCGACAUCGACACCCUGAUCGUCGCGCCCAAGUACGUCACCCGCGACGACUAUUUCAAACUUUUUCCGACGAUGCUGGUCGCCAUGGCUCCCAAGGACGCCAUUACAGACUUGACAGUUGUCACGGAUGCCUUUGUUCCCAUCAUCAAGUUCGAGUACGCGGGCAUCAGCAUUGACCUGAUAUUUUCUCGCAUUAUCCAGAAGCAACUGUCUCCGGACCUUCAGGACCUCAAGGAUUCCGGGCUCUUGCGUGGUCUGGACGAAGCCGAACUGCGUUCGGUGAAUGGCACGCGCGUCACUGACGAGAUCUUAAAUCUCGUUCCUGAACAAAGCACCUUCCGACUGGCCUUGCGGGGCAUCAAACUUUGGGCCCAACGCCGCGCCGUGUACGCCAACAUCAUGGGUUUUCCUGGCGGCGUGGCUUGGGCUAUGCUUGUCGCUCGUGUUUGUCAGCUGUAUCCCAAGGCUGCCACGUCCGUCAUCGUGAACAAGUUUUUCCUCGUCAUCAGCCAAUGGCGAUGGCCACAGCCUGUGCUUCUGAAGCCCAUCGAGAGCGGUCCCCUUCCCGUCCGCGUCUGGAAUCCCAAGGUCUAUAAAGGUGAUUCCUUCCAUCUUAUGCCCGUCAUCACGCCGGCCUAUCCUUCCAUGUGCGCCACCUUCAACAUCACACGCUCCUCCAUGACGGUCAUCAAUCGGGAGCUCCAGCGGGGUUUGGAGAUAACGGAGGCCAUCAUGAUGGGCAAGAGACCAUGGUGUGAUCUCUUUGUCAAGCACACCUUCUUUACCGCCGACUACAAAUAUUACAUUUCCGUCACCACCGCAAGCAAGGACAAGGAGGCGCACAAAGUUUGGUCCGGCUACGUCGAGUCCAAGAUCAGGAUGUUGGUUCAGAAACUGGAGAUGCACCCGUCAAUAGCGCUAGCUCGUGCCUUCAACAAAGGCUACGACCGACGUCACAGGUGCAACAGUAACGAUGAGAUUGCCGAGGUCCAGGAAGGCAGCCUCGCAUGCGUCGUCAAGCCGGAAGAUGCUGAGCUGAACGACGACUCCACGAAGCCGCAGGAGUCGACAGGAGAGGGUGGUGACGCACAGCCUGCCUUUCCCACUCUUGUUCAUACCACGACGCACUACAUCGGUCUGCAGCUGGAGGACAAGGCCAAGGCUCUCGAUCUAUCAUACCAGGUGGACGAGUUCAAAGCCCUUUGCAUGGCGUGGACCAAAUACAAGGAUGAGUUGGAGCCACUCGUGUCCAUUGGCGUACAGCAUGCCCGAAACUUCAAUCUUCCCGACGACGUGUUUGAUGCGGACGAGACGAAGCCGCAGAGGAAGAAUGUCAAAAGCGCAGCCAACGUGAAGAAACGGGGACCGACGGAGGAAAAUCCCCAGCCGUCCGCAAAAAGGCAGCAGGCGUCUGUUGUUGCUGCCGGGUGA